AUGGCACGUGGUGAAACGGACACUGCAACCAAAGCAAAUGGUCUACUUGAUCGGUUUCAGAAGGGAAAGGUCUUUCUUGGGUUGAAGAUGGCAGCUAAGCCAGUCGCGAUCCUGGAACAGUUGAAUAGCGCACUUCAAGCAAAGUCAGCAAAUGUCUCUGGGAUGGUAGAAGCUGUUAAGACAUCAUCAAAACAUAUUAGCGCUCAGCGCACAGAUGAGGCAUUCCAUGAGUUAUUCUCUGCUGCUGAAGAAAAAUGUGAAGAAUACCAACUGGAUCCACUGGAAGUGCCUCGGAUACGAGUCCCCCCAAGAAGAUACACAGGUGAAGCAGAGGAAUAUCGGCCUGACAGCUCUGAAGAAUACUACAGGAAGCAGUAUUUCAAGUUCAUCGACGUCAUAGUCACUGGUUUGUCAGACAGGUAUGACCCUGACAAAUCUGGUCUAGCACAGUACUUGAAGCUAGAGAUGAUGUUGACAUCUGGGAAAGUUGAUGAAGAUGUGGUGUCAAAGUAUCCUGAACUUGAUAGUCUUACUUUGCCAAUUCAGCUAGAAAUGUUCAAGCAAACAUACAAAGCGGAAUCGUUGCAUGAGGCAAAAGUUACUUAUCGGAGCAUGGAACAUGCAGUGCGCUUAUUGUUUCCCCAAGUGCUGGUUCUACUGAAACUUCUACUAGUGUGUCCAGUUUCGUCAUGCGAGUGUGAACGCAGCUUUUCUGCAUUGCGACGACUGAAAACGUGGCUCCGAACCACUAUGACCCAGCGUAGACUUAACCAUAUUUCCAUCUGCCAUGUACACCAGGAACAGUUAGACAACGUCAAUGUACAUGAACUAGCAAAAUUAUUUGCUCAAAAGUCCGAAAUUAGAAGAAAUCUAUUCGGAACCUUCGAAUAG